AUGAAAUUCUUCUACCAGGUCAUCACGACCCCAACGGCCGAUACCCCCGGCACGGCCGUUUGCCUCAACUUCCCGGACAAGCGAUACUUUUUUGGCCAGCUAUCGGAAGGCACACAGCGCGCCUGCACUGAGCGCGGGGUUAAGCUUUCCCUCCUCACCGAUGUGUUUGUCACUGGACGGACGGAAUGGGCCAACACAGGCGGGUUGAUUGGGAUUGUUUUGACUCUCGCCGAUACGGUCUCGACCUCCAUGGCCGCCGUCGAGGAGGAACACCGGAAGAAGGCUGCCCGCAGGGCGCAAAGGGAGGCAGAAGAAAACAUAAAACCCAAGCCCCGUGCACCACAGGAGCAGCAACAUGGCAGAACCACUGUGGAGCGGGAAGGCGAGGCGGUCUUGCAGAGAGGUAACCUGACGAUUCAUGGUGCUGCGAAUCUUACACAUACACUGGCUACGUCUCGGCGGUUUGUUUUCCGAAAGGGCAUGCCGGUGUAUUUGAAAGAAUAUGACUCGGAGUCUCUCGCCAAGAAAAUAUCUAUUGGCGCGGAGGAUCCCUUUGAAAAGCCCUCAUGGUCCGACUCUAACAUCAAAGUCUGGGCCUUGCCUAUUAACCCUCAACCAUCGGCUCAUUCUCGAGUUACAGAGCCGCAGUCAAAGAGUCCACGAAAGCGGAGCUUGGACGAGUUCCAGGAAUCUGAACAAACCGAAGAUAAUAUCGACCAGCGCACUAAGAACCUGAUAGUGACACAGUCCAUUGUGCAGGAUAUGUUCAACUCAACAUGGAAGAUGGACGCCCUCCAUGAAACCCCAUUGGCUGAGGUCAAGAUGCCGGCCGCUAUAUUCAUUCGCAACCCAGAAACUAAGGACCUUGAGCAAUACAAAGGUCCGGUGCCGGGUGGCCCUGAUGAGCUUCCAGACAUCAAGGUGCUCGUUCGAAAGCCCUGGCCCGGUGCGACUGUCGAGAGUCUCCCUACCACUUCUCCCUCGAAGGAGGCAGUCUGCUAUAUCGUGCGGAACCACGAUAUCCGCGGAAAAUUCGACCCGAAGAAAGCCCAAGAAUUGAACGUCGAGAAGGGUGCUAAGUACGCGGCUUUGACGAAGGGCGAGAGCGUUCAAUCUCUGGAUGGCAAGAUUAUCACCCCAGACAUGGUCUUGGGACAGACACGAGCAGGAAAAGGCGUUGCCAUCAUGGAAGUGCCAUCGUCCGAGUACGUCGAGGACCUGGUCAGCCGGGCCGAAUGGAAGUCACCAGCUGUGACGACCGAAUUGCAGGCCUUCGUCUGGAUUCUUGGUCCAGGUGUGGCUGAGCAUCCUAAAUUCCAGGAAUUCGUUGCCAGCAUGUCCCACUGCAAGCACACAGUGUCGAGCACAGAUCACUGCCCAAACUACCUGGCAUUGACCAGCUCUGCUAGCUCAACUGUUCGACUCGCCCGUCUGAAAGGCGAUAGCUAUGCGAUUCCUGUUCAUGACAAUGUGUCCCUUCCCCAACCCGGCGCCCCCAAUGCCAAUUCAAAAUCUGCAAUUGCUGCUCGCCAGAAUUCUCCACUACAGCCUCUUGAACCCGGAUUCAUCAUCAACAUGGAACCCAAUUUCGGGUUCAACAGUGACGAAGUGAUGUCCCGCUUCAACCCAGCGACCGCAAUGCACAGCAUCCCACGUUCUGUCGAGCAACGGAUGGAAGUCAUUCGCCAACGCGUCGCUAAGCCUGGUUUCCAGAAGAAGUUGCACGCGCAACGGACUGAAUGGCCUGGAGCGGAUGCAGAGAUCAUCGCGCUGGGUACUGGUUCCUCUGUUCCAUCCAAGUACCGAAAUGUCUCUGCCACACUGCUGAAGGUGCCUGGAUAUGGCUACUACCUGCUUGAUUGUGGUGAGAAUACUCUUGGUCAACUAAAGCGAGUUUUCGAGCCUGAAGAACUUCGUGAAGUGCUUCAGAACCUGCGAAUGAUCUGGAUCAGCCAUUUGCACGCUGAUCACCACCUAGGAACGGUCUCUGUGAUCAAGGCCUGGCACGCGGAGAACUUCAAGAAUGAAUUUGGCUCGGCAGCUAGACGUGAAAACGAUAUGGCCAAGGUCCUACAGGAGAAGCGGCUGGCUGUUGUGUCUGAUGAUGCAAUGAUUUCCUGGCUGGAAGAAUAUUCACAGGUCGAGGACUUCGGAUUUGACAAGCUGCUUACUCUUUCCGCGCAUCCUGAAGUACAAGGCUCUAAAAUCACCACCGCCUUCUCACACCAGCUACCUAAUCGUUGGCGGCAUAAUGUUGACUUCACGGACGAAUCCUCUCCCCUCACUCCUCUUCUCAAGUCUGCCACCGGCCUUGCAGACAUACUCACUUGCCGCGUCAAACACUGCAAGGGUGCGCUCGCUGUCUCCCUUGUCUUCUCAAAUGGAUUCAAGGUUUCCUACUCUGGCGACUGCAGGCCAUCGGAUAAAUUUGCCGCCAUUGGACAGGGCUCAACCGUGCUCAUCCACGAGGCCACCUUCCAACCCGACAUGGUCGGAUCGGCUAGGGCCAAGCGGCACUCGACCUCCGCCGAGGCAAUUGAAGUCGGUCGCCGCAUGCAAGCGCGCGCUGUCCUGCUCACACAUUUCAGCCAGCGCUACCAGAAGAUAGCCUUUGUAGAGAGGCGAAACCCAGGCAAAUUCCAAUCCAGCCGGGACGCAGCUGCAAAGGAGCCCGCCGAUGCGGAUAUCCCCUUCGACGACCCUCAAGAUGAAUCAGUGGGCUCUAGCGACGCCCCACUCUCCGACGACAUCAACACGGCAACGUCUAGCCAAAGGCCCGGUGUCUAUACCGGCCCUGUCGCCGGAGCGAUGGACUAUAUGCGUAUCAAGGUCGGGGACUUCGCUCUUGCGCAGGCAUAUGCGCCAGCAUUGGAGAAGCUCAUCGAGCUCUUGGAGCGAGCGGCGAACGAGGAAGCCGAGCGCGUGAAGCAGACCCGCCAGGAAGAGGAGAAUGCCCGCAAGGCGAAGAAUAAUAAGAAGUGGGCUAAGCAAAUGGCUACUGCUACUGCUGCGGCCGUUGCAGCUGCAGUAACUGAGACUAGCGAUGUCCAGACGGCGCCCGCUCGAUCUGUCUGGAGUGCUAGUGAAAGCGAGGAGGGAUGGGAGACGAGUGACUACGAGGAGUGUUGUUCUUAA